UUUCUCUGUCGCGCCUUCCAUGGUCAACAGGAGAAAUAUUAGAAAUAAUAAUAGGCAGGAAAGAACAACCUAGAGUUGCACAGAUUGACAUAGCACGUGACCUUGGCGUACUCAUAGAUCACGUGAUUCUUGGCAUAAUAAACGGAUUUGUCUGCGUCAACUGCGUCUCCACGCCAUCGCAGGACAUCCAUCACCAACCACUGACUCGUCUUUCAACCCAAGUCUUCACUUGACCCUUGAUUCAUUUCAGUUCCGUGUGUAAUCUCACUUUUCUACUGAGAGCUGAUUGAUUCAAGUCACCACCACUAACUCUGUCACCCUCUGGCGACUGUUGAGCGCCGCGCCGCCACCUUCAAACCAUCACAUCCAUCUCUCAUUGUUUCCGCAAACGGAUUCGAAUCUCAUCUGCUUUCAAAGUCACCGCGCUCCAUCUCCUCCUCGUGAGGCACAUUAUCCCACUACCAAUUCUUCCAUCCGCAACCUCAAAGAUGUCCGCCAUCGCGCUCGAGACUCCCGAGGCGCAAGCACUGAGUAGCGCCGUCCACUCGAAAAUCGUCGAUCAAGGCUGGACCCAAGAUGACGAUACGUCCCUCGCCGAGUACAUUGUGCUCAUGCUUGCCAAUGGCAAGACUCAAGACCAAAUCGCAUCGGAGCUAGCCGGUGAACUCCUCCAAGAUGCAGAUGGCACCACCGAAUUCGCCCAGUGGCUCUUCCAACAAGUUGACAACAUGUCUGGUGGAGCCGGUUCCUCUCAAAACGCGCCCCAGCCUCAACAAGAAUCUGGACUGGAAAUUGCGCAAGAAUCUACAGACUCAGCCAACGCCGAGUCAUCAAUACCAGCUGCCUAUGAAAUGGACAUGGCAGAUUCCGCCCCCGAAAACGCGUAUGUUGCACAACUCCAAAUUCAUCCUGUGUUUUCUAACUUGCUUUGUAGCCCCAGGGGUCCUAAAGGCUUGCACGGCGGGCGCGCACAGUCAAAUCGAGGUCGUGGAAAUCAUAAAUCUUCCGACUCUGCUUUACACCGAGUCCGAGGUAACGAUCGGAUAAACAGCCAUGGAAACACGCGGGGCGCACCCAAGGGCCCUCGAAACUCACAGGGUGUCCGACCCGGCAUGCAAAAAGCUCUCAAUAACAUUGGACUAGCUGGUCAACCACCUGGAAUUCCGCCGCAGAUGAUGCCCAAUCCAGGUCAGCCUGGACAAAACAUGCCACCGAUGAACCCCCAACAACAGAUGGAAUUCAUGGCAGCCAUGUGGGAACAGCAAACUCGCAUGCUGGCUCAGAUCACGGGAAUUAUGCCCGAGAAUGGAGGUUUUCCUCAGGGGGGCCAACCACAACAGAAUGGUCGGUCGUUAUUUGACCGAGUCGAACCAGGCCGAGGCCGAGGUGGGCGCGGUCGUGGUGGUCGUGCCAGCGGCAGUCAGAACGGGCACGCAAAGAGCAACAAGCAGCCAGAUGCCGACACCAACAUGGAGGGCGCAGAUCAGUCGAGCGAAACCACCGCAAUGGACGUUGAGUCGACCUCAGGGCAGAAGAAAUCGCAAGAUCCCUUUGACACCAUGUGCCAUUUCAACUGGCGGUGUACAAAUAAGGACUGUGCGUAUGCCCAUCAAUCGCCCGUCGCCUCAACCAGUGUGGCUGUUGACAUGAAAACCACCUGCUCGUUCGCAACUGCGUGCAAAAAUGCAAAGUGCACAGGCAGACAUCCGUCUCCUGCACUCACCAAGGCACAACAAGCCGAUACAAUCUGCAAAUUUUUCCCUCGUUGCACAAAUCCCGGCUGUGCAUUCAAGCACCCGAGCGCACCACUCUGCCGGUUUGGCGACAACUGCAAGACCCCCAACUGCACAUUCACACAUCUCCAAGAAAGAUGCAGAUAUAACCCCUGUAACAACCUUCGAUGUCCCUUCAAGCACGAGCCGGGCCAGCAACAAGCCAAAACUCUGGGAGACUACAGUUGGACUCCCGAUAAGCAGGCCGAAAAGGACGCCGCCAAAGACAACAAUGACCAUGUGAGCGACAGGAAAUUCGUGGACGAAGAAGCAGAGGAGGAAUUGAUCAAACCUGAGGGCGCGGGCGAGACAGCCAACGGAGCUGCUGCCGCCGAGCCGGUGACUGCAUAAACUGGCUGUGAAGCCCGAAAGUUCCACUCCUUUGGGUAGUUGAUGCCUGUGGAGGAGCUGACUUCUGUACAUUAUGACAAGAGGAACCGAAUAUGCGCUCCGAGAAGUAGGAGAGCAUGGGCAUGCGAUACGGGUAUACUAAGUAGUUAUUACUACUAAACUUGAGCCGUGGUCUUUGUCGUUGAGUCGUAAAGUACCAUGGCCGAGUGAGACAAGGGAAGGAACGUGAAGAUGGAAUGAUGGGAGGGUCUCUCGAUAGUGGUUUCCGCAGUGCGUGUUGAAGCCACCCGUCGUUCGCCCGAUCCCAUCCAUUGUGUAUGUAGUCUGACGAAUGAAACAGAGUUUUUGCGGCCUUAUA